GGUGUCCGGGGAGGGUGUUUCUCUCUCGUCUGGCAAGACUAUUCUAUGGCUACUACCUGUUUUACAAAAUAGUGUUCAUAAAAGGAAAGUUCAAGAUAUUUAGUGGUAGAUCAAUACCGUGUAUAAUUUACUGGUAUUUUGUGAACUACAAUUGGUUUCCAAUAGAAUUAUCUCAUAAGAAAAACACAAUCACUCGAAUUUGAGAAUCCUUGGAAAUAUAUAUUAACUAUAAAGAUUGUCAGCGGAACUAAUAUUCCAUACAAGACAUUAGGAUCACUUUCAGCCGUCGGCGGUGCUGAUCAACACACACCGUGUAAGGAAGGAUUGGAGGACGCACAUCUCCCUGUUUCUGGUUAAGAGGCGAGACUAGGAGAAGUGAGGAGACGUCUCUUUCAUCCAUCAUUAUCUCCGCUUGUCCUCCUGCACAGGUGGAUGGAUCACGCACCAGCAAGAAGUUAUAGAAUAUGAAGAUGGAAGUUAUGGACCCUACCCCAUUAGCAGUACAGGAUAUGUUUUGAUCUAAAAAAGAAAAUAAUAUAAAAGUAAGGAUGCAGACCUAUUAGGAAAAGUAGAGACACUGAGGUUGAGACUCCGUUUGUGACAUUUGAUAUUAUGUCCUGAUCUAAAGACUUGGAGGAGUUGAUGUGAUGUGAUGAUACUCGUUUAAGUACAUGAAGGUCUGGGCUGAGACAGACGGGCGUGGUCGACUUCGCUUACAUAUGGUGACAUCAGCAGUAAAUUCAAUAAGUAACUAUGACGACGAAGAGGAGACCGGCGCCUGGGAGGUCACGUCUCCAGUCCUCUGUUGUGGGGCUUUUGCAGACGCUCUUGAUAUGGAGAACACUAGAGGUGUGCAGGGCUGCAGGAGACAUCCUCCGUGCUGAUUCUUAUAACUCCUCCUGCUUGGAAGGUUGUACCUGUGGGGUUCUUAGAUCCAACCAUCUUCACGAGGAGCUGAACACUUUUGAUUGCUCUUUUACGAACAUGAAAACCUUCCCGGAAAAAUUACCAAGUGACCUUCAGGUGCUAAGUGUUAAGGGCAACUCGAUAUAUUACGUUUUGGACAACAUUUCCCAGCUGACUGAUCUUCGGGAGAUUGAUUUGUCUGGCAAUAGAAUUAAGUCCAUCGGGAGAGGAGGCAUGUUCCAGAAUAUGACACGACUCGUCUAUCUUAAUGUUGGUAAAAAUACUAUAUCUACCAUUUUCCAUGACAACCUUGUGGGUCCCAAAGCUUUACAACACCUAGUCCUCUCCAACAAUAAGAUUAACUACAUUGAGAACGAAGCUCUUCUGGACUUGACGAAGCUACAGGUGUUGGACCUUGAACAAAACUCCUUGGGAUCACUGUAUAAGGAGUGGUUCCACGGUCUGGGUAACCUGGUAGCUCUUAACCUCGCUCACAACCGGAUACACAACAUUCCACCCUCGGUUUUCAGAGUCCUGAGGUCCCUCGAGAGGAUGUAUUUAGCAGGUAAUCGGAUCUCGACUGUAAAUCCGCUCGCCUUCUCAGGUCUGAUCAGCCUGCAGGUCCUAACACUGGAAGACAACAAAAUGGAGAGGAUUCCUACUGCGGCGUUCCAGAGUCUGCCAGCGCUAGAGACUCUCACCCUAGACAAGAAUCCCCUCAUCAAGAUCCAACCGUUAGAUUUUUCACAUCUCACUGUAGCUAAGAUAAGUUUGUGCCAAAUGCCCGACCUUAAUAUUAUUGAUUCGAAAGCAUUUUACAAUCUAAUAAAUGUAUCUACUAUACACAUUAAUAACAAUAAAAAGUUAACGUAUGUUCACCCUUCUGCAUUUAUGAGGGUGGACUCACUGAAGGAGCUACAGCUUCAUAAUAACAACUUAAUGGGAAUACAAAAAGAAAUGGCUAAAUAUAUGCCAGAGGGAGUAGAGCUUUCUUUACACGAAAACCCACUAAAGUGCGACUGUAACGUGAGAUGGUUGAGGGAGUUGAUAGCUCUUGGGGAAGAUGCUAAUAUAACACUAGUUGAACCUGAACACUUAGUGUGCCACAGUCCACCCAGCUUUGCACACAAACUGCUGAAGAAUGUUUUGCUCCCCAAGCUCCCUAGGCAAUGUUCUCCUACGGUGCUAAACGUAACUCAGUCGGAGGCCAUAGUGGGCAAAGUGGGUGAGCGGCAGGCACUGGAGUGUCGUGCCCUGGGCUCCCCGAUUCCUCAGUUGGGUUGGAUCGUACCAGACGGCUCCUUUUUGAACACCAGCUUGAACAAGAUGGAUCGAAGGUUUUUCCCUCCUGGUACUCUGGUGUACUAUCACCUUAAGCCAAAAGACCGAGGGCGAUAUACAUGUGUGGCCGAGAACACCAUCAACAAAACGUUCAGUUCUAUAACUCUCAACAUCACUGGAAUCGACAUAAACCUCUUUCCUAUUCACGUCUCGUCGCACUUGGUCACCCUUGUGUGGAACGGUACCGAACGUCGCGCAUUUCCAUCUUACAAGAUCGUGUACACUGAGGUUGACGACAACGGCACCGAGGUAGGUGAGGUGCGGUCGAGCGUGGCCAGCCCCUUGUGGAAGAGCUUUACCGUCAGGCACCUCAAGCCCCUGUCUCAUUACCGAUUCUGUAUCGGCAACGAGGACAAUUCGAAGUAUUGGCUACAGAUUUCGUGCUGUCUUAUCACCACUCAAGACAUAGUGCAGAACAUCUCCAGGAUCUCCAACGUGGUGGUGGUGACCGUGACGGGAAUCAUGCUCAUGAUGACAGUAUUGUGUCUCGUCUCCGUGGCCUCAAGAAAAUACCGACAGAUGUUUUACGAAACUCCCGACAAGGGCAGUGAAGGUUGUAGCAUCCAGCUAGACAGCUUCUACCGCCCACUUCUGGGAGAUUCGUGACGGUUAAAGAAUGGCAACGGCUGCCACCCGAUCCUGCUGCGUCGUCCCCCAUGCUGUGCCCCAGACCCCUCCUCCCCUGGCCCACAUACUCCCCCACCGCGCUCUCGCACCCACUCUAACGCCCACAAUAGCCCAAGACAUACGCCCACCCCUUCUACACGACCCAACAUACUGGAGGACUGUUCCUGUGCACCGCAGAGGACGAGCAGCCCCAAAGGUGGAGUGUCGCGUCUUCUCGAGUCUAGCUACGAGUCCCCCGACCUGCUGCCCUACACGGCCAACGUGGAGACCAUGCCCAUCAUCCAGGAGACUCAGCUGUCUUCCGGAUAGUUCUGUCUCUUCCACCACACUCUCACCACACUUAUCUUUCCUCACAAUUGCUACAUGAAGCCACGAACGUUGGCACAGCUGUUAUGUGGGGCCACGAAUGUUGGCACAGCUGUUAUGUGGGGGCCACGAACGUUGGCAAAGCUGUUAUGUGGGGCCACGAACUUUGGCAAAUCUGUUAUUUGGGUCCAUGAACGUUGGCACAACUGAUAUGUAAACCAUGAACGUUGGCACAGCUGGUAUGUUGGGCCAUGAACGUUGGCACAACUGUUAUGUGGGGCCACGAAUGUUGCCACAGCUGUUAUGUGGGGCCAUGAAGUUGGCACAGCUGAUAUUUAAACCACGAACGUUGGCACAGCUAUUAUAUGGGACAGCUGUCAUUUGGGGACUAUGAACAGUGUCAUCGUCACGCCAGUAUGAGAACCAUAAACGUUGAUAAAACUGUUAUAAUGAGGCCACAAAUGUUACCAUGGAGAUACGUUUAUCACUUAACGUCUUAAACGUUGUCGUCAAAACAUAGUUAUCCUAUGGAUGCCUCAAACGUUAUCAAGGUGAUCGCCAUUAAUUGGUCACCUUGAACGCUGUCAUAAACAUGGGAACACAGCUGUCAAGUGAAGGCUUCAAGCGUUUACACAGCCUCUGAGACACACUUGUCAAGUUAACGACUCAAAUAGAAAAGAGUUUUGGUAUCCAAUCUCUUCCACGUGUAUCAGAAACUUUUUGAAGCAUACAAGGCGAUUUUUUUCACGCUCUAUAAUAAAGUAUUUAAACAAAGUUAUCCAGAAUCUGCUUAUAUGACAAAGUAAUAAUAAUAUUAAUGUUAAUGAUGAUGGUUCUGAUAAUGAAUAUCCACUAUACUUAAUAUACUGUAACACAUACACGAUUUUAAGGGUUGAUGCUCUAAGCCGUGAGAAUCUUAGGAAGGUCUACGAAUAUACAGAUGAACUAUAAGUUGAUUUUUUUUUUAGAAGAACUGAAGAAGGAAUGAAUGAUUUAUAAGAGAGUUACAGAGGUAACUGGACUGUCCUAUUAAACACCAGUCAGGAUUAAAAUCUAGUGUCUUUAGUAACACAAUGAGAAGUUAAAUGAGAAGAAAAUAAUGAUGAUUCCUGCUUUUAUGUGACAGAGCUUCUUGUAAAAGUUGAACUCUAAUUAGCCCCUUGAGUACAAUGGCUUAAACUUUUGAGUAUGAUGACUUAACCCCCUUGAGUACAAUGGCUUAAACUUUUGAGUAUGAUGACUUAACCCCCUUGAGUACAAUGGCUUAAAUUUUUGAGUAUGAUGACUUAACUUCUUGAGUAAAAUUACUUAACUUCAUCAGUACUAUGACUUGAGCCUCUUGAGAAGAAUGACUUAAUCUCCUAAGUACGUUAUCUCAGCUCUUUGGUUACAUUUAAAUCCUCACUUGAUAACAAUGAUCUUGUACUCAGGGGGUUUAGUCACUGUACUCAAAGUCAGGUUUAAUAGCAAAAUAUAUGACACUUUACGAACUAAUUUCUCCAACUAGACUGACUGCUAACAGAUGUCUCCUAAAGGUAAAACAGGCAGCCAAGAUGUGAGGAAAUGGUGAGAUCCACUCAACCAUUUCUCUCUCACUUCAGCCAUACAGACUACGCCACUACGCAUUGUGAUGUUGUUUCUGAAAUAAGAAUCUUCGUAAAUUCUUAACUAGAUAAAAUACAAAAAAUACAACCAUCUGUUUAAUAAGAACUAAAGGUGAUACAACAUUAUAACAAGAAACUAAUGGAUUUUUAAAUUAGAAUUAAAAAAUUUCACUAAAAAAAUCUAAUGAAAGAUAACACCAUAAGACUCUAAACGAAAAAGAAAAUAUUAUUGUUAUAUUUUCAAGUAAACAAAAGAAAUGCGACUAAAGUUUCGAGGAAGGAGAAAGUUGCAGUCUGAAAGUUGUUGACAGGAAGUAGUAACGUCAGGAAACGAGAUGGACACACGGUCAUUAGUGUUAAUGUUAAAGGUAAGUAUUGAGGUAAAUGUAUCAUGUAUGCCGGUUUACACACACACACAGACACACACACACACACACACACACACACUACCAGAAUUAACACAUAACGCAGUAUCGACUUUCCUUAACCCAAAGAUAGAAGCUUAUAUCAUGUAGGCGUAAAACUAAUCAUCUUUGACUGCUCUUAACCUGACACUGGCCUACAGGUGUGUGUGUGUGUGUGUGUGUGUGUGUGUGUGUGUAUCAUGGACAUUCACAUUAAAGGACAAGAGCAGAUAGACGACAGUACGAAAGUAAACAGAUCAACUUGAGGACAGACCAGGGGAACAUGACCAGGAAUGAAACACUGAAACAAGAAAUGAAAUUACUAUGUUUGACAGAAAUAAAACAAAAGACAAACGGCUGAGAUGAUUGAAUGACGUCAGUAGUGUACAAGACAAACACCAAAGAAUAACAAAUGACUACAGUACAUCAGAGGGAACAAUAAGAAGAUGAAGGGUGAGGUGAGGACUUCAAGGUUGACAAUGAUCUACCUGAGGGGUGAUAUAUGAUUAAUAUCACACAUAUAGGCAAAGUAAACGCAUAUGUAUUACAUUAGAGGACACGAAAGACUUAUAAACAAGCAUAAAUACGAGUUAUAUCCUGACUGUUUUGUUUUUACUUGUCUCGACAUAUAGUUUGAGGAAGCAGACUCGCCCGGAUAUUUUUUUAUGGGAGGGGAGGGAACGUCUUUUGAUGGCCUCCGUAUAUGGCUGAUUUAAAGCAGAGGAAUGUGGGCAUCACUUCUGCCAUGUCUCGGUUAUCUUCAUCAAGUACUGGUUGACCAAAGGGGUUGUUAAACAGCUCCGGGACAGGCGUAACUUUAUUCCUAGUAUAUUCUUUGAGUUGGGACUUGAUUUUUUCCACACUAUUAUCCAAACUGUCUACAGGAUGAUCAUGAGGCGUAGCACUGGUAACACUAUAUCACUGUUAUGGUAUUUCUUCUAUAUUCUCCCUUCUUUUCCUGUUGACAUAAUAACGAUGUCCUGUAAAGAAUAAUGAUUGGCCACUCGCUAUGUGGUUAUGAUCUACAUAAUUGGUUAUUUUGGAAUAAAUUUUACAUUCACUUAGCCCUCUAAGGUACAGACAGAUGUUUCAAAUAGCCUACGAAGGUAUAGACAGGCCAGAUCUCACUGAUGACUGACUGACAAUUAGCCAACUUAAUUCAGUACGUCAGGUCAAGUCACGUUGUUGAGGACAAGGUCAACUUUCAAUGGUCAUUAACUCACAGCAGACAGUCUGGGAGAAGACGAAAUUGGGGGUAGACGAAGUGGCCAUUAACCACCCAAAAAGCUGCUUGGGCAAACGUUCAUGUGGUGCAGCUAUCAUAAACGUCCAGCUGUAAGACAAGGAGGAACAUCAGACACUGUUGAUUACUGGCGCGAAAUUUUCCUGGAGCGGCAGCGACGGUGAUGCUUUUGAUGUAAUUGGUAACCUAUGAAGUACUACAUAGACAAUAGGUAACAGUAAUAGGAUAAUGACAUCUGAUUGACUCACCAAAUAAUGUAAAUUAAUCCAUCCAUUUUUAUUUUUCACUUUAUUUUUUUCGAAAUCACCGUCUAAAUCCAUAUUUCUGCAUCAGGUACUUAAAUAGACUGUCUAAUCACAGCUCUAUAUUGCCUCUCCUCUUCAUAUUUUUCAAAGAGGUCACCAGGUACUGUAGCUGCUAUGACUGAUGUUGGUUACCAGUACCAAUCCUGUGUCUAUAGUACCAUACCUGUUGUCUAUGUAAAGUAGUAAUCAACAGGUCACCAGCAUAACCACGUGUUUAUUAUAUGUCAUCUUGUUAUGAUUGAAGAAGUAACUCGUGGAGAGAGACCUUACUGUGUUGUAUCAAGCUGGUAGGAUUUGACUGCUUAAAGCAUAGUUAAUGUGUAUAUAUUAUUCAACAAAAUAAAGAAUAAAUUUCAA